AGACUUUUAGAUAUUCUUCUUCCCCUGUCCUUCUCAUUUGCUCAGGUAUUUCCCACCCUUCGAUCACGGUUCGUUUUGUCGCCGUCCGAUCGAUGGCACUCGUUUAGGAUAUUUUUUUAGCUCAAGUUGUUUAGAUUUUUUGCCUUGCUUAUCUUGCUUUGCUUUGCUUUGGGCUGGUGUUAGAAUUCAGUGGUGAAACAUGGGUGGGGUUUUGGUGAGUAGCGAGGAAGUGAAAACGGUGGGCGAGACUGGGAAAGGAAACGGUGAGUCUGGGUUCGAGUUUGAAGCGAAUGAUGAUAAGAGGUUGAAGACGAUGAAUAGUGGGAAUUUUGUUUCUGGGGAAACUGUGAAUUGGGGAAGCUUUUUGCCAACAAUGGUUUUGAGGGUUUUGUUGGUCGAAGCUGAUGACUCCACUAGGCAGAUUGUGGCUGCUCUUCUCAGGAAGUGUAAUUACAGAGUUUCCGCUGUUCCGGAUGGCUUGAAGGCGUGGGAGGUUCUGAAAGCGAAUCCCCAUAACAUAGAUCUCAUCUUGACAGAAGUCGAUUUGCCGUCUAUAUCGGGAUUUGCUCUUCUUACACUAAUCAUGGAGCAUGAGAUUUGUAAAAGCAUCCCUGUUAUAAUGAUGUCAUCGCAAGAUUCGAUCAGCACGGUAUACAAAUGCAUGCUGCUAGGGGCUGCUGACUACCUCGUUAAGCCGAUAAGGAGAAAUGAGCUGAGGAAUCUAUGGCAGCAUGUAUGGAGAAGACAAUUAUCGGUAGCUGGUGGAAGCAGCAACCCCCAGGACGAGAGUGUCGGACAAAAAAAGGUUGAAGCUAUGUCUGAAAACAAUGCUGCGAGUAACAGUUCCAGCGGUUGCUUGGCUGGUGUCGAAAGGAUCAAGGAACAAACUAAGAAAGGAAGUGAAGCUCAGAGCUCUUGUACAAAGCCAGACAUGGAAGCUGAGGGUGCCCACAUGGAAAAUAUGCCGGAAUUUUCAUGGCAAGAAGCUCAGGCGAAUUCCAAUCAGAAACUCCUCAUGCAUGAGAAGAAAAGUGGGGUUGUUGAACCGGAAAGUCAAAGUGGGGAUACUAAUAUCUUGGACCAUGAGGCCAGUGUUGCCCUUGGUGAUUCACCAAGAGAAGCUUUUGAUUUCAUGGGAACACUUUAUCGAAAUCACAAUUCUUCUUCGAUAAACAGCGGAAGCAAGUUCGGUUCUUCUACAGACUUGGAUCUUUCCCUAAGAAGAUGUCAUCAUAAUGCUUUUGACAAUCAUCUUACUCGAGAAAAGCCUAUCCUCUGGCAUCCUAAUUCAUCAGCCUUUACAAGGUACUCUAGCAGGCCGUCACGGCCCCCACAUUCGACGUUGACGGGUGCCAGUGACCAAAAGAAAGAAUCUGGAACUAAUUCUGAGAAGAUUUUGUCCAAUACCGAAUAUAACACCGAUACUCCUGGUCCUACACUAACUUCUCACAGAAACAUGAACCGUUCAACUACGGGAACUACUGAUAAGUUGAAGCAAACGGAAGUUGCAGAAUCAUGCACGCAACGGGUCCCAGUACCAUUGAAGCGUGCAAGAUUGAAUAACACGUGCGACGGCUAUAAUUCCAUAAUUCCUCCAGUACUUUGUGCACAGACAAGUUCAUCCCUAGUUCCAAGUCCAAGCUCAGCCAACCAACAAGAUCCUGCCUGUCUUGGGAAUCCAUUUCGUCAUCCCAGUUUCGAAACGAACCAGUCAACCAACCAACCUUCGGAGAAGCCGGACCAAAGGUUGGAAUCAGCCAAGGAUAGAGAACACGUUUCCCCUAUCGCGGACCAGAGUGCAAGUGCAGCCGGCAGUUUCUGUAAUGGCUCCUUAAAUCAACUUGAUAGUAUUGCAUACGGAAGCAAUCCCGCAAGUAAUGGCAAUCUGGAGCAGAUUGCCGUUGUCCAAGCUUCUACGGAGAGCAAGAACGAUGACGGGUUUCCCAAUCCGGUUGGAAAUUUACAUCGUCUCCUCCAACGAGAGGCUGCUCUAAACAAGUUCCGUUUGAAGCGGAAAGAUAGAUGCUUUGAAAAAAAGGUCCGAUACGAGAGCCGGAAGAAACUCGCAGAGCAGCGUCCAAGGGUUAAAGGCCAGUUCGUCCGUCAACCGCAGACCAAUCAGUCACAUACGCAAGCCGGUUCUCGUCAUGGCAAUUCAUCCGAUGGUUAAGUUACGACUUUGUAUUAUACUAAGAUCAGAACAUGAAAUCGACUUUACUUUG